AUGGGCUCUCCUCCAGCCAGUGCAGGUUUUCCGCAACCAACUGCCAACAACGCACCAUGUAUGAUCGAUCCUACCAAGAAGACUGAGCAGUUCAACUUGCUGGACUACGAAUUCAUGCCCAUUGUCGCUUCGGGCACAACGACCUUGAUUCCAUUGGCAGCGCCAACCUCAGAAGCACAAGCCAAUGCAAUGGGCGAUGCAAGCAAGUAUCCGCUGCCCGUGUAUUACUUCGAGAAGCCGGCCAAUGCACCGGACGGCGUCUACGACAUCGUCAUGCUUGUCGGAUCGACUCCAAGAUAUCUUGCCAAAUUGAACAAUGGCCGCGUUGUCUUGACCACAACUUCAACUGGCGCACGGGUUCAGACUCGCCAGGGCCAACAAAUGCAGACCACAGUCUUCAAGGUGGACUGCAUGUCGAAAAUCACUGCUGUCCAAAACGGCCAAGCGUAUUACUUCGACAAAUCAGGACGGAACGUCCAAUUGACUGCUGGAACUGCCGCCAAAGGCAUGAUUGCGCAUUCACUGAAAGCCGGCACCAAGGCUCAUCGCAAGCGUCGAAGCUUGUAUAAUGAAGGGCUCCAACCACGAUGUGGAAAGUACCCAGAGCAGUUGACUGCCAAAGCGAGGAAGAAUGCACCUCCUGCAACCUCGAAUGGUUGCAGUGGUCUAGGGUACUGGGCGCCAGACUUUACUUUCGGCUCUUCAUGCAACAAGCACGAUCUAUGCUAUGAGAACUGCGAGAGUGGAACUUGGGACAACUGUAAUCAAGAUUUCUUCGAUGACAUGAUUAAUGAAGGAUGCCUGAGCAAGAAGCAUUGGUACAUGUGGCUGAUCUGGGGAGCAUGCAACAAAGCAGCUGAGGCUUAUGCGCUCGCCGCCGCAACAUGGCCGGGAGCGAAAGCUUUCGUCGAGUCGGGCGCCAAGCGUUGCGAGUGUUCUUGUCCUUCUCCCCAAUUCAUUUGUGGUGCAGACGGAUCCGACAAAUCCUACUGCGCCAACAUCUUCAGCAACGAGCAAACAAACUGCGGAGCAUGUGGACGAACAUGUCCAGAAGGUAGUAAAUGCAAAGGAGGCAACUGCGUCUGCCCCAUCGACCAAUGCGGCAAAACCUGCCUCGACCUCCGGCAAAACCCCUUCCACUGCGGAAAAUGCAACAACGCCUGCCCCGACGACAAACCCUACUGCUUAAAAGGAACCUGUAUCGCCGCUCCCAAAGAAUGCAUCGCAGGUCUCCCCAACCCAAACUUCGAAGGCGACUGGCGCAAAGACUGGCAAACCAGCGUCUGGUCCGACACAAUCUUCGGUAAUACCCCCACAACAGGCUACAACGAAGCCUACGACCACCCCGGUCAAUACCAUUUCUACAUCCUCACCCCAAGAGGCGGAGGCAUAACAACCAAUACAUUCUCCACAACAAUCACCGCGUGCCCGAAUAAAAGGUAUAAACUCGGGUUUGGGUAUUACAAAGAUCAAGGAUCGGAUACUUGUACGAUUGAAGUUUUGGCUGCGGGGCAAAUAGUUUUUAGUUCGACGAUUGGGAGGUGGGAUCAGAAUCCUUCGCAGCAAUUGGAAAUGAAAGAAGCGCAGCUUGGUCCUUUUAUGCCUGGAGGUGAGGUGGUGAAGAAUGGGCUUUCAUUGAAUGUUCCGGUGACGUGGAAGAUGGUUUGUCCCGGGGAUUGGCAGAAUAAUGAUGAUAAGUCGCAGACGAGGUUUGGAAGGUUUACGCUUACGGCUUUGUGA